UGAGUUCUGAGCGUGUUGUCGAGGGAAUAGGUACUUGUUACUCUUCAGCGGCACAGGUAUUGAGUAACAGUCUGCAGAUUACCCUGAAGAAAUUGAAUCGAGGUUUUGCCAAUUGAAAAUCAAGUUGUCAUUUGUUCCAUUUGAUCAACAAUCGGGAGUAGACUGCUAUCAAUAUCCUCAGGAAGAUCUUGCCGCAAGUCUUGCCUCUCAGUCCAUCUAUCAGGCAACAGGUUGCUGCUCCGAGCUCCAAUGGUAUUAAAGGCCAUUUUCAAUCUGCAGGAAAAAUUGGCCAGAACAUGAAGAGAAAACAUAAAGGGGAUAAUAUUCCAUCACAAUCUUUGGCGCAGCAAGAUGAGUCCGUUCAACAAAAGAACCCGCAUGAGGCAGCUGAAAAGAUACCUACGGAAACAUCAAGCAAGAAGAUGAAGACUUACUCGAGGAAAAUGCCGCCACCAAGCAAAACUUCGACCUUACCUUCUACAUCAUCCUUUCCGACAAGUUCUACUCGUGCUAAUGAAGACAGGACUAAAGCAGACAAACAGAUGGCUGUUACGUGGCAAAAGACAAAAGAACAGGCUCAAGAUACAGCGCAGAUACAGGUGGCCUCACCCCAAUCUGAAGAGGAAGAGGGAUCUACCAGCAGUACACGUAGUAGUGAGUCCAGCUUUCCUAGUAGUAGUGAGUCCAGCUUUCCUACAAGUUCUUCUGAGGCUACUUCCGAGGAGAGACAACAGCUAGCUGGUUCUGAUCCUGCAAAUGGAAGUUCUGCGAAGGCCACCUCUGAGAAGGGACAGCAGCUAGAUGAGCAGAGGGAACUAACAAAUGUGAGGUGGUUGGUUCCGGGAAUGAGGAGUAUCUAUCAGAGAGAUAUGGCUCUCAAUGAAAAAGGGCACCCCAAAAGAAGCAUCUUUGAGGAACCAAGGAUCAGGACUGAAGAUCUGGCUGCGGUACCAGAAGUUAAAGCCACAUUUGACAGAUACCAGCUCGGAUGGAUGGGAGAGGCACCGGGAAGGUAUAGCCCGGAGAUGGUUCGUGAAUUCUUUGCUUCCUAUGCGGCAUCUUUAAGCAGUUCCACCCCCAAAGGGCAAUUGGUGAAAAAUCAGCCCCCUAUGGAUCGAGUGCAGGUACGAGGCCGGCUGGUAGACAUAUCAGAGCGCACAAUCCAGCGCUUGUUAUUUGGGACAGAGUUCAAGGCUCCGACCAGCACUGCAGAGUACAACCACCGGGUGAGUAUAGUGAAGGACCGAGUUAAAAUGGCCGAUCCUGUGCAAAGGUCUUCAUUGUUAAAGUGGGUGGCAUCAUUCAUUGCUGAAAACAGAGAAGAGGCUAGUUGGGUGACUAGUAAGGGAACAAUCACAAAGGCAUCGCUGAAUUUCGCUGCCAAGUUUUGGUGGGCCAUUGUUCGCAGCAGGUUGGGUUCGACUAGUGGUGAUAACAGAUUGACCCCAGACAGGGCUGUACUGGUUGCUAGCAUCAUGGCCGGGUAUAAUAUCAACAUACCCCGGUACAUUGUUGAGGAGAUUCGAGAGAGGGCACUGCAGGUUACCACAAGCAUACCCUUUCCGUGCCUAGUUUAUCGCUUAUGCAGAGAGUCUGGCGUGCCGGUCUUACCAGAGAUUGAUCAUCCGGUUGAGGUGACUCGGAUUCAGGACAUUGGCUUGAUUCGAGACGGGACCAACCCAGUCGCCAAAUUUAGAGGCCAUCCAUCGACCUCAUCUGGAUCUGCAUUCAUGGAAGGGUUACUAGGAGGUAAGCAGGUUGACACCUCGAUUCUGACCGAGCAGGUUGGUAUGGCUAAUUUUGAGCCGCAGACACAGACCACAAACGCUGACGCUGAUGUUACAGCAGCCAUCACUUCCACACCAUCUACAACACCAACGUCAGCUUCCAUUCCCACAGCCUCUCCAGCUCCAUCAGUUCCACGUCCAGCUGCCACUGCCAUGGUUACUAUUUCAGAGGAUUAUCUGCAAAAGGUAGCGCGGAGGCAAUUACAGACUGAGAUGACCCAUCUGAUGCAGCAGCAGCUGAAACCAUGGGUCAAAUUGGAGAUUGCGGCUUCUGAGAGCCGGUUGAGAGCAGAGAAGGAUCAGUCUGUGCGGGAGUUGCAUGAACGGAUGGAUGGGUUUGAGCAGCGGAUACAUGAUAGGCUGCAGAUUCGACAGGCCCCCAACUUGGGGAAGUUACAGGAUGAGCUCACACAGAUGCGAGCUGAUGUUACACCAAUCUCCACUUCUGAAAAAAAGAUGAAGACUUACUCAAGGAAAAUGUCGUCACCAGGAACGACUUCUAGCUUACCUUCUACUCCGUCAUUUCCUACAAGUUCUACUCCUGCUAAUGAAGACAGGACUAAAGCAGAAAACCGAGUUGUUGUUGAUGAUACACCAAUCUCCACUGCAGAAAAUGCAGGUGAAAAAUGUACAGUUUCCCCAUCAUUAGCUGAUACCGGAAACAAGGCAUCUGAUGUAUGUGAACCACCUGACAGCCCUGUGAAAUUUGCUAAUGUAGAAGACUUCUUUGCUCAAGUUAGUGUACAAAUUAAACAAGCUCAAUCUCUCGGUUUUUCUGCUGAUCAUUCUUCUCUCAUAGACAAAAAGAUAUCUGCCAUGCAAAAGUUUAUGCCGUCAGCAGAAAUGCUUGCCACAGCGAAAGGCGAUAUUGAGAGAUUACUAACCAUGCCUUCUAUAGACUUGCUUCUACCAGAAAAUUGUUCAGCGCUUAGUGCAGCACUAUCAAUAUAUGCUGUGGCACCGGAUUUAUCAGUCGAGAGAGCGCUUUCCGUGGAAAAGCUCAAAGAGAACCUUCCACACUUCUCCUUGACCUUGCGUAGAGCUAAGAAGGACCAAGAGGAGUAUUAUAAGAAAGCUGCCAAGAAAGUGGUCCUCGUUGACGAGCUCAUAAGAGAUCAGGAACUGUAUACAAACCUCAAAGAUGGCAACGAAAAACUUGAAUACCAAAUUAGCAAGCUGGAGGCAACCUUGAAGGUUGUAAAGAAAAAAAGAGACGCAAUACAGGAGCAGAAGUUGAGUUUGGCAAAGAAGUGUUCUGGAAAGUCUAAUGCUCUUGACGAAAUGGAAUCUGAGUUUCCUCUCCUGAAGGAGAUGAAGGAGUUAGCUGAUUCGGAUGUAGCUCGAGUGGAAGAAAGCUUGAGAGAUUUCAAGAGUAAGAUAAUCAAGUGAUCGCUUUCAUAAACCGAUCUUCAUGUAAAUCUGCUGGGUAGUAAGAACAUGUGAAUAGUUUCUGCUAUGUACUAAUUCUCUUUUUUGAAUAUAGCCAAGUUAGUCUUCCUCAAUACAGCUUAACUCCGUCAAACCUGUACUAUUAGUGAUCAAAAAUCCGAAGGAGGUUCAUGGCCAUGAGGAAAGAUGUCCGAGUAACGGUGAUUUUUUGAAUGUAUGCUUCAACUUGUGGAAUUACUUUGGGUACAUUGUUGUUGUAUUGUUUGCAAACUUUUGUACAUGACAAUAUUAAGGUUCUCUCUUUCUUUUUUCCAAA